CAUCGAUGUGUUUUGCAUUGCUUUAUAGUCAUGGUGUGUUAAACCUGAGGGAGUUUUGAUGUUUGUGAAAUCACAAAUUCUAUGGCUGCACAGAUCAGGAAAAUGAGAGGUUUGAAACAAAAGAAGGCUCAUCUGAUGGAGAUUCAAGUCAAUGGUGGAGAUGUUGCUAAGAAAGUAUAUUUUGCUUGUAGUUUCUUUGAGAAGAAAAUUCCUGUAAAUGCUGUUUUCCAGAAAGAUGAGAUGAUUGAUAUAAUUGGUGUGACCAAGGGUAAAGGAUAUGAGGGUGUGGUCACAAGAUGGGGAGUCACGCGCCUUCCUCGUAAGACUCAUCGUGGCCUACACAAGGUGGCCUGUAUUGGUGCUUGGCAUCCAGCUAGAGUUUCUUUCACUGUUGCCAGGGCUGGGCAAAAUGGUUAUCAUCAUCGCACUGAGAUGAAUAAGAAAAUCUACAAGCUUGAGAAGGCUGGCAAUGAGUCUCAUUCUGCCAUGAUUGAUUAUAACAGGACCGAGAAAGACAUAACGCCAAUGGGUGGGUUCCCCCACUAUGGAGUGGUGAAACAAGAUUAUGUACUGAUUAAGGGCUGCUGUGUGGGUCCAAAGAAAAGAGUUGUGACCUUAAGGCAGUCUCUCCUGAACCAGACAUCUAGAGUUGCCUUGGAGGAGAUCAAGCUCAAGUUCAUUAAUACAUCCUCCAAAUUUGGCCAUGGUAGGUUCCAGAGACAACACAAGAGAAGGCAAAAUUUUAUGGAAAGCUCAAGGCUUGAGUGACUAAGUGGAAGAGAAUCUUUUAUUUUAUUUUACUCUCUUUUAUCCUCAUUUCAUUGGUUUUAGUUCAGGGAUUUCCAAAAGGGAUUUGGUUUUGGAUCCAGUUCCAUUUUGUUGGCAUCAAAUGAUCAAAUCAUCAAUUUUUUUUUUCAAUUUUUUGGAACCACAACAAAAUUAAAUCAUCAAUUGUUUU